AUGUCAGAGCAGAAUCAGAAGCUGCUGGAAAACCCACGUGCCCUGCUCCUGUUGCUUCAUCAGAGGGAUCUGGAAAUCAAAGGGCUGAAAAGGGCUGCCCAGAAGGAUCCGUCUGACAGACUUAGCUGCAUUUUGCAGGAGCUUGUGAAGUCAAGGCAGAAAGUAUCAUCCAUGAAAAGUGAAAAUGCGCUUCAGAAAGAAGUAGAUCAGCUGAGUGCUGAACUGACAGCUGUCAAGGAAGACCACAAACAGGAAAUGCAACAGCUAGAAGAUAAACUCCUGAAAUCAAAAUUACACAUCCUGCAAUUGCAGAAGACUGUGAAAACCCUGUCAGCAAAACCAGAGGGAAAGAUAGAUUCUGACUCCAGCACAUCACUGGAUGAAGGGUCAAAAUUAGCACGUGAAUGCUUUGAGAUGUGGUCAGAGACGGGAAGUAGAAUAACAUCCACCAAAAGUGAUCUAAGGCUUCGGAGAAUACCAAAGCACACCAGUUUUGUUGAUGCCUUUCAUAAGUUUGGGAGUGUCACACAGCAAGAGAAAGAUGAAAUAAUCACUCAGUUGGAAUCUGUAGCUGGAAAAGCACAGCUUCAUCAUCCCAUAGAGGGAAGUUCACAGGGAAGCUCAAGAAAUGAGAGCCUUUUGCCUUGUGUGCAGUCUUCCGUGGGUGCCCUCACCCCUCUGCAAUCAGAUCUCUCUUCAUCUGUAACGGAGACCAAGACAACAGAAUCUUCUUCAAGCCUUCCAUCAUCCCAGGAUAAAAUCCAACAAGCAAAGUGCAUCUGCAUGGCUCUUCCCCUGGGUCCUUGGAGGCUUGCUCAGUCUGAUUUACCACUGGGACCACCAUCCAGUGGACAAGGAUACACCCCCGAUGUGCCCUCCUCCUUCAUCGAAAAAUGCAAGUGGUGUCACAGUGGCACAGGCUCUCUAAGGAUUGUCAGUGUGCAUCGUGCAGGCUUCUUUAUCCGAAUCUUCAAUGCAUUGUUGAACAAGGAGGUGGACCUGAGCAGCUACAUCAUUCAGCAGUGGGUCGGAGGGUAUCCCGUGUCUAUCUACCACUUCCCCAGUGGCACCGUUCUGCCUGCGCAGCACCACAUCACUGUCUGGGCUGCAGGGGCUAGCCUUGCUCACGAGCAUCCCACCGACAAGUUGUCCAGUCCAUGUUUCUUCAGAGCAGGCCCAGAAUGCAUCACUAUUCUCCGUGAUCACAAUGGCCAGAUUGUGUCACAAUAUAGAAACCCUCACCAGGUAACAACAGCCGCAAUAGCCUAUGAUGAUAACGUGGAUCUUUCAGUGGACAAGUUUCCACUCAACAGCGACGAUGACACUGAUGCUGAUGCUGCUGAAGAUAAUGAGAGAACUGGUCAGCCUAAGCUUCCCGUAAGGAAAGCUUUGUCCUCACACAGUCAUAAGAAAGAGAGGGAUUGUGCCAUCCUGAUGAAGAGAAGGUACACAAGACACUUUUCCACUGAUUCUGGAGCAAGCAGCAAAAUGCCAAAUGACUGUUCCACAGGAGCCAAGAAACGAACCAGAGGUUCAAGUGCUUCUUCUGACUUAUCUUUGAUUUCCAUAAAAAGUCUGUCUCCAGUUUUGGUGAAGGCAAGCCCUUCUUCAAGCAGUGAUGAAGAAUAUUUUAGUUUGCAGUCAUUGGAACCCCAAUAUGAGGAACCAGAAACUCGAGAGUUCAGGACUACGUUGGAUACUACGCUUCCCUUGGUGUCGCUGAUAGGGCAAAAGAGCGCUCGCUCAAAGUAUGGCUUCAAGUACAUGACUCACCUUCCUACCACCACUGAUCUGCAUUUAAGGCGCUACUGCCCUGCCAGAUGA